UCGACCGAGACGACGGUCGUCCCUCUCUGUGUGGAGCCCUUUUUGCAUCCUGAUUAUCAGCGAGGAAAGUUUUUUUGUUUUUUUUUCGCCUCCCCUUCCCCCCCCCCCGAGCUGUCUCCUCAAUUCACGCGUGGGACCUCGUGGCAUUCUGAGGUUUAGCAUACUAAAGGGAGCUUUGUUGCUGCCGCUGCUGCUGCUGGGUCAUCGUCGUCCGCGGCGGAGCCCGACGGAGUCCCUAGAACGCCGGCACAGCGGCGAUGAACGCCGGCCACGGCGACCUGGAGGAGGACUCCGUCUCCGAGCUCGUCCUGCAGAGCAUCCGCCACCGGCUGAGGGACGCGUUCCAGAACCCGGCGGCUGGGCAAGGGCACCCGGGUGGCAGCUCCGGGGCGCGAGAGGGCAAGGGGCGGCCACACGGGGCGCACCGGGAGGCCAGCGAGGAGCUGAGGAGGGCCAAGAUCGAGGGGGCCUUGAGCUGGAUCAGGACUGAACUGUUAGAAAUGCGGCAACAGGACUGCCAGCUGGCAAAAUCCCUGCUGCACCUGGGCAAGGAGAUCCACUCGAUGAGAGCGUGGAGAGAGCCAAGCAGCCCUGCUGCUGCUGCUGCUGCCCUCUUCCCACCACGCACACCGACCGAGGCACCCCGUUCGCCCAGCGCAGUUCACCGCGCGCAAGCCGCGUCGUCCUGCGCGCCAGCUACGACGCCGGACUCAAUGGCCACAGCGUUCCACUCUCCGUCCGCGGUGUUGGACGUCACGCCGGCUCCGGCGUUCCACUGCUCCAGAUAAAUUGUCGUGUGCGCCACGGCAGGCGACGCUCGGCGAAGCAGCUUCAUCCCACGCCUCGGUUAAGACGGCCCACACACCUGCUUCCGAUUCCCUGCACGGCCCCAACCGAGUGUAACUGAUCGCGCACUGGGAGAUCUUAUCCCAGGGAGGCAUCGCUGCAUUUGCUCGAGCAUAUGUCAAACUAAACUUAACCUUUUUUUAUUUUACCAGGUAAUGCCACUGAGCUAUAUAGCUCUUUUUUUCAGAAGCGGCCUGGCCACCAAUGAUAGCCCAAUGAGGUGGCUUAUCACGUGAAAAUAUAUAGCAGUAGCCAAAUACUAGAAACGCAUGUUUCUAAAUGUGGAGAGAGAAAACCAGAGGACCGAGAGGAAAAUCCACGCGACCACAGGGAGAGAGACACGCAAACUCCAAAAAUACAAGCAUCAGCCAGGUCAGGCAGUGGAGGUGGCCGAGUGGCUCAGAGGACGGAGUGCUGAGCUAGCACCCCCACGAGCCUGGGUUCAAUACAGGCAUCCCAUCCGUAAUGCAAGUUCAGCGAGUCGAUGGUCUCGGACUGGUCACCAAUGCCGGUACAAAGUAAACCCCAUUGUAUCAAAUUUGGUUACGUACUUUAUUUAGUUAAAUUCCAGCUUUGAGGUUACAUUUUUUAGGUUGAACCUCUUUUGCACCGUACGUAGUUCUAAUUGAACGUGCGAAAUAUCGGUUGGACUCCAUGCUGCAGCAUUAUACAUAGCGGCAGGGUGAGUGGGAAAGUCCUGCCCCCCCCCCCGACUGUGUGGUCAAGAAGUCCCUUGAAGGGAACUCAGAGAUAUGCAUAUGAAACCCGUGGGCCAUCAUUUUCACACAAAGCAUUGCACUGCCCACGAGAGUUCCAAUCGGGUCACUUCAUCUCAUGACGUGACACCAAAAGCACAAGCGGGAUAACGCUCGGAGGGAAAAAAUAACAAAUAUAUGUUUUAAAAUCAUAUGGCCGUUGCCUACUAACACAGAGACUGACCAUAUAAUCUAAAAACCAUGAUACAUCCAAGUGUAGUGUCUAUCACAUGUAAUUGUAGGCUGUCAGUCGUGGCUGGGUGCCCCAUCAUUAGCUUUGUCUGGGGGCCCCUCAAAUCUAAACACUGCCCCUCGCUGCGCAGGGUUUUCGCGAUUUGUGCUGUGCAGCUCUUUCGUGACAUUUCUUUCCGGGUUGUAUCGUGCGGCGUUACGGCGCCUUUGGCUGCACGUGCUGGGAGCGGUACGUUGGACACCACGGCCCGAAAACACAUCGCAGAACUUAGUUCCUCCGUGGCCCUUGCAGCUUCAGGACACUUUGUGAAGCCCUCUUGCGUGGCAUUGGGGAAUAACGGCGCUUUGUGAAUUCACGCCCUACGAGUGGCGGUGGGGGGGGGCCGGGGAGGCGAAGGUUACACGGGGUCGCCACCUGUUUGGGGGCAUUUAUAACACCCCCCCCCCCGCUUACUCUAUUUGUCACUUGUCAAUUUGAAAUGCUUAUUAGCUGCGCACGCUGAGCUAAACAUACGUGCAAUAACUGUAGCACACUGUUGAUAAGCAUUUCAAAUUUAGAGGUGGGUAGGGGGGGGAGAAAAAGAUCACGUGAAAUAGGUAACAGGUGGCACUCGUCACAGUGCGAGCGGUGAAAUAUGAGAACUUGGGGGCCUCUGCCAAACCUGGCUUCAUUCAUGCCACGUGUCCCAGCCUUGUUGCUGCCUCCUGCGCUCCAUUCUGCCAACACUGGCCCUCCUUGUUUACAUUAGGUCUUGCAUUCUGCCUAGCGCCCGUGGUGCGGUGGCGUGCACGGCAUUCCUGCAUUGACACGCUCCUCUGACGAUGAGCUGGUCAGAUAUAAUAAUAAUAAGUUCACCCUUACCAGUUGUCCCAUGCCGGUGUGCGUGUGUCCCGUGCAACACAAAUGCUGCCAGGCCAGUGCGUGGCUUCGUGACACCUGAAUUGUUCGUGGUAAAAAAUUGCAACUGUUGUAGCGUCGUGAAUUAGUGCCUUGGGAUAUUAAAAUAUUGGAGCCUGUACCUUUUUUUUAACCGUUUUUUGUCCCUUUAAAUCCCCACUUAUUUUAAAUUACAGCAUACAUUAGACACGACCUCUUGUGUAUCUGUAACAUUCGGUGUUUGAAUACAUGCAGGCCGUAUGCUUUUUUUUUUAACUCGCUUGCAGUUUAAGUGCAGUUUUAAUGUAUACUAGUACUGUAUUUGGUAAACUGCCCUGGUAAAAAAAAACUUUAACCAGUUUGAAUGCGUAUUAGUAUUUCGUUUUUCUGCAGCCAUUGUGUACCCACUGCUGGAUGAAGCCCUCCCCUACGCCUUCAAACGUGCUUCAUGAACCUGCGCUGCCACGAUCCAUCCGACUCAUGCGCAUGAGCCGAUCUUUGCUGCUGCUGCUGCUGCUGCUGCUGCUGCUGCUGCUGCUGCUGCUGCUGCUGCUGCUGCUGCUGCUGCUGCUGCUGCUGCUGCUGCUGCUGCUGCUGCUGCUGCUGCUGCUGCUGCUGCUGCUGCUGCUGCUGCUGCUGCUGCUGCUGCUGCUGCUGCUGCUGCUGCUGCUGCUGCUGCUGCUGCUGCUGCUGCACCACAGUGGGUGUCCUCUCCUUUGGCAGUCUCCGUCGUGCUUCUGUAGCACCGGCAGUCAUUCCUGUCGGCGACAUGUCCUCCCCUGGCCCACCGCACUCGAUGAGCAGUCAAUGUGGCGUCUAUCGUUGUUGCAUUUUUUUGUAAACCUGAUCCAAGUGCUCCUCUUUGCGACACAUGGUGCAAUUCUCACCACGUGUCGCCACGUGCUUGUUUGCGCACUUUUCAGCUUUUGUUCCUUUCUUUGUUUGUGUUCUGAUCCAUUUGUCGUAUCUGGCGACAUUCCCCGAUUAAAAACUAUUUUUUUUACGCACAACGGUACGUUGAAUUUCGAUUUAAAGCUUUCGUGAC